AUGAAGUUCGAAAUCGCCGCUGUUAUCGCCGCCUCGGCCAUCGCCUCCGCUGCCCCUGCCUCGUCCAGCGCCGCGCCCUCGUCCUCUCCGGCUCCCACCAGCGCCGCCGUCAGCGGCAGCGUCACCACCAAGCUGCCCGCCUCCUCCGGCACCUCGACCCUCAGCGCCGUGAAGACCAUCGCCGCCGGCGAGACCUUCGACGGAGGCAUGGUCGCCUACGACCGUGGCGUCUCCUGCACCGGCCAGGAGGAAGGUGACGACAGCGACGCCGUCUUCGAGAUCGAGAACGGCGGCACCCUGUCCAACGUCAUCAUCGGCCCCAACCAGAUCGAGGGUGUGCACUGCUUCGGUGCCUGCACGCUCACCAACGUCUGGUGGAGCUCUGUCUGCGAGGACGCCUUCACCAUCAAGGAGCAGGCCGACGGCGAGACCACCAAAAUCACCGGCGGUGGUGCCUUCAAGGCCGAGGACAAGGUCCUGCAGCAGAACGGCGGCGGUACCCUUGAGGUGUCGGGCUUCUACGUCGAGGACUUCGGCAAGCUGUACCGUAGCUGCGGAAACUGCGACGAUAUGCCCACUCGCCACGUCGUUCUUGACAACGUCUACGCUGUUGAGGGCAAGCAGAUUGCUGGCAUCAACGCCAACUACGACGACACCGCCACCCUCCGCGGCGUGACCGUGUCUGGCGUCGACGACGUCUGUGUUACCUACGAGGGUAACUCCGAUGGCAGCGAGCCCGAGGAGAGCGGCUCCGGCCCUGACGGCACCAACUGCAAGUACUCCGAGUCGGAUGUCACCCAGGCUUAA